AUGCAUAAUUUAAGAACAAAUAUUUAUGAAUAUCAUAUGGAUGCUGUUACAAAUUGGUCUUGUGUUGUUAUCAUAGCCAAGAAAUGUAAAGUUAUAUUUAAUAAUAGUGAAAUUAAUCUAUUUUUUGGAUUAUUAAAUGAUUCAUGUUGGGCAUGUAAUAAUAAUACAAUGAUUCAUUCAAAUUUAAAAUUCAAGAAUGUUUGA